CAAUAGCUGCAUGUUUUGUUUUAAUUGGUUCCUGGGCUGCAAUUGGAGGCAUGGAUCCAAAAAUGAUCAUAUGGGAUUUAGAGCACUCCUUAGCCCGAAGCACUUGUGAGCACGAGUAUGGAGUGACAUGUAUGACAUGGCUCGGCACAUCGUAUCUGGCAACUGGAUCUAUGGAUGGAAUUGUGAGAUUAUGGGACUGUCGGUCUGGUGAAUGUGUCAGAACAUUCAGAGGGCACUCUGAUGGCAUUCAAUCGCUUUCUUUGUCAGCUAAUCGCGAUUACCUUGUCUCAGCUUCUUUAGAUCACACAGCACGUGUUUUCGAUGUUAAAGGAUUUUGUUAAGCAAAGCCUUUUUUUGAUUGCAUACGAAUGAGGUUGUCGACCAUCUAAGCGAAGCCCUUUUUCCGGGCCCAAGCCCAUGUAUAUGUCCUUGAGGACAGUGGGGGUUACGCCACAUCCAGAUUGUUAAUUUAUGUUAAGUUGUGGUAGAGUAAUAAACUGUUGCAUAUGGUUUUGAAUUUUGAAGGAUCAUAGACAAUCUGGAACAGAAAUUUGGAUUUUUAAGGUUACUUUUCCUUUUUAAUAUUAAUUUUGAUGUUCGUACUAA